AUGGUCGAACCUGAUCCAACAACGAUUAUAUGGAGAGACCUAGACUGGAUUCUCGCGCAACCGGAUGGGUUAAAUUCGGAUAAUGUUUUAAGUUACUUUGAAAUGUCACCAUUUUGGGAUCCACAAUGUAAUAACGCUAGUUUGAAAAUGCAAACGCGUUUUAAUGAUUUAAAAGAUCUUACGAUGCUUUUGAAGAAAAUGAAGGGAAUUGAAUUCCAGGUGGUGCACGAAAGGCCUCCAGCUCUGUGGGUUAUUCGAAAGCAAAAUCGCCUUGCUGAACGGGAAGUUAACUUAGUUGCAACAUAUUAUAUUUUGAAUUAUAAUAUUUAUCAAGCACCAAGCUUAUAUUCAAUCAUCGGAAAUCGAGUUUUGACAAGCCUUUAUCAAUUACAUCUUGCAUUUAAUACAGCAUAUCAAAAUGUUGAAUUUCAUCCUGCUACUGGAUAUACAUGGAAAGUUGGAGAUGCUCAGACGGGGACAUCAAAAUCUCGAAUAGUUCAACAAGAUCCUGCCGAAUUAUUAGAAUUUCGUAAUGGAGUAGAACGUGCAUUUAAAUCUACUAGAAUUAAAAUGACUCAACAAAUCAAUCAAGUUUUCGCACAGUCACAAGAGAAAAUACAAGAGUUGACUGCUGGAAGUCAAAAUGAUAUGAUUGUCUCUGAACAAACUCCGAAUCAACCGCCUGCACAGCCUUCAAGCCCCACUCAACAAAGUGCAGAUAAUAUUACCAAAAGACGCAAAAAGAGUGAAGAUAUUGGAAAAAAGAAAAAGAAGAGUAUAUCAUGA